GAAGUUGUGCAAAGUGCUGAAUCCACAUACGCAGAGCCCAUGAAGUAGAAUGUGUCUGUUUUCCCCGUCACUUCACUAGGUGCUAUAGAAAAUUCGUCGUUACUAGUGUCGCCCUCAAUGCACUCAAUUAUGCCAAAUCUGGCCACACUGACUGGGACUGAAGUCAGUUCUAACUUCGAAAAGGAAAGAUUAGAAAUUAGUCAGAAUCGUGUAUACAGUUGAAAAACCUCGGUAGAUAGUUAGUAAUUACUAUCUUAAAAUAUUUUAAUUAAUUAAUAUAAAACGCAAUAAUGAUUUUGUUAGAGAUACACAACAGGAUACUUGAAGAAACCUUAACUAACAAAGUUAAAAAUGCUUUGUCGGGGCACAAACCAGAACCAACAGACGUUGUUGUGGCUGACUUUGAUGGAGUUCUGUUUCACAUUUCGAACCUGAGUGGUGAUAAGUCAAAAAUCAGGAUAAGCAUUCUGCUAAAAUUUUACAAACAAUUGCAAGAACACGGAGCUGACGAAUUGCUUAUACGCAAAUAUGGAUCUUAUCUUAUUGCACCAGAGAAUGGUUUCAAUGUUUCAGUAUUGUUGGAUUUGGAAAAUCUACCAGAAGAUUGGGAGGGAUUGGUUAAAAAUAUUGCGCUUUUAAAAAGACAUUGUUUUGCCAGUGUUUUUGAAAAGUACUUCGAUUUUCAAGAGGAGUAUUAUGAUUCACCAGGGACACAGCUGCAAAAGCGGGCAGUGAUUCAAUAUAGGGACGAAGAAACCAUGUAUGUAGAAGCGAAAAGUGACAGAGUAACGGUGGUGUUUAGUACGAUAUUCAAAGACGAGGAUGAUAUGGUGAUCGGGAAAUUAUUUUUACAAGAAUUGAAGGAGGGCAGACGAGCAAGUCACACGGCUCCACAGGUUUUAUUCAAUCAUCGCGAGCCACCGUUGGAAUUGCAAGACUCUGAGGCCGCCAUUGGCGACUGUAUUGGAUAUAUUACGUUUGUUCUAUUUCCACGUCACACAAAUAGAGAAGCCCGCGACAAUACGAUCGACCUAAUUCACAUGUUUAGAAAUUACCUGCACUAUCAUAUCAAAUGCAGUAAGGUGUAUAUUCACUCAAGAAUGCGUACCAAAACUACAGACUUUCUAAAAGUAAUAAAUCGGGCCAGAUCUCAGUCGAAAAAUACUGAAAAGAAAACCAUCACGGGUCGAACAUUCAUCAGGAAGGAAUGAAAGACUAAAAAGGAAGGUUCUAUUCCUAAUAUCGUUUUUCGAUAAAUGAUAAACGAAACUCCCGUUUAUCUUAUCAAUUUUGCUGGAAACUUUUUGAUUUUCUAGCAAGAAAUAUUCUUUGUAAUGAAAAAUUCUAACUCGGCGAACGAGUCGAGAAUUUUGAAUGUUCGAGUUUUAUCAGAAAUUGUCUCGGAACAGUACAAUGUUCUUUAGAAGAGUCUAUAAUUGCUGUAAACAUAUUAAAAACGUUAUUGUACGCAGCAACAAUGCGCACGGUUAAAAAGUCAUUUUAUAAUUAAAGUUCUUAACACAUAGAGUUCACGAAAACAAAUUUAUUUCACUAUUCCUUUAUGUAAAAAAACGAUAACAUAAUUCUA